UGCAUAAACAAAACACCUUUCGUUUAGUCUUAUUUAAACGGUAAUUUCCGCGUACGUAGAAUGGCUGCUGCGAGUGCUGGCCAACAAUUACAUCAGCAACAACACCAUCAACAACAGCAACAACCACAGCAGGAAUUAAAUGUGAUUGCGCUGCGUCAGCCUUUUCAGCAAUCAAUGAAACAUCAUCAACAACAACACCAACAAAAUGCACUGACGUUGCAACAACAACAACAAGCAUUGCCGACGCAGUUGCAACAACAGCAGCAGCAACAUCAACAAGAACAGCAAAUGCAGCAACAUAUACAAUUGCAAUUGCAGCACAUGAAUAAUGGUCAACAGCAAUUGCUGCAACAGCAGCAGCAAGUACAGCUUCAACACCAUACACAACAGCCAACGUCACAGCAACUACGCGCCACAAAAUAUACCACGCGUGUUGCUUCCAAUGCGCAAAUGUUUGCUCAACAACAACAAAUACAGCAGCAGCAGCAGCAACAACAGCAACAGCAGCUACAACGACAGCAGCAACAGCAACAGCUGCAAGCUUUACCAGCUGGUAUGGUAAAUGGCGGACCAACACUUGCUGCUGGCAAUAGUGCAACACGCGGCGGCCAACAGAUAAAUUCUUAUCAGCCGCAGCCGCAGCAGCACCAGCACAAUACUGCAGCUAUGCAGCAACAUCACCAGCAGCAGUUGCACCCGCCACAGCAACAACACCAGCAGCAGUUGCAACCGCAACAACAACAACAACAACAGCAACAUUUGCAGCUACAGCAACAGCAAAUUUCGGUGAAAAUGAUGAAUCAUAAUGUGGUGGUGGCGCCACCUACAAUCGCCUCGCGUCAGCAUGUCGCUAUGAGCAAUGCUGCCGCCUCUGCUGCUGUUGCUCUAUCCGCCACAAAUAAUGUGAGCGUUGGUGCUGCAGCUGCUGCCACCACGGCAACCCCAACGACCUCCACAGUUGCGCAACCGUGCACCGCCAGCAUAGCCAAUGCUAAUUUGGCACCCGGUUGGCGUAGACAAACCAGCAACAAUGAAAUCAUUUACAUAAGUCCAACCGGUGCAACGCUGCGUACGCAAUACGAACUAAAGGAUUAUUUAUUGUCACCGGGUACCUGUAAGUGUGGUCUACCAUGCCCAUUGCGACCGGAGUAUUUCUUCGAUUUCAAUGCUCAGGUAAUUGGCAACUCGAUUGACUUUCGUGAAGAAAAUGAAAGCGUCUCCGGGACUAUAAAGAAUCAAACAAUAAAACCAAGCAUGGCCUUCGAUUCAGAAGUUCCUAAUAUGCCACUGAAAAUGCCAACGCAUGACGAAAAUGGCGGCUCCACUAACACAACCACCACAAAUACAAACGCAAAUGCCACCACACCCGCCUCAACGACGAAUACAUUUCGUUCGACGCCAACAUCUGUUGCUACAAGCACAGCGAUGGCGUCUGGUGGGACAGCUGCGUUGACGUUAGCUGCCGCGCCCUUAUCGUCCUUGUCGCCAUCGCCGUCGCCAUCUUCGUCGUCCUCGUCGUCGUCGUCGUUGACGUUGGGGUCGUUGUCAUCAUCCUUGGCAUGUUUGCAUCAGCAACGUUUUCUCGAUUCGCGGCAAUUACAUGCACAACCGGUAGAUGUGUCGUCGCUGGCGCUAACAAAAGUUAGUAGUGUUCCUAAUAUGCCACUGAAAAUGCCAACGCAUGACGAAAAUGGCGGCUCCACUAACACAACCACCACAAAUACAAACGCAAAUGCCACCACACCCGCCUCAACGACGAAUACAUUUCGUUCGACGCCAACAUCUGUUGCUACAAGCACAGCGAUGGCGUCUGGUGGGACAGCUGCGUUGACGUUAGCUGCCGCGCCCUCAUCGUCCUUGUCGCCAUCGCCGUCGCCAUCUUCGUCGUCCUCGUCGUCGUCGUCGUUGUCAUCAUUGUCGUCGUUGACGUUGGGGUCGUUGUCAUCAUCCUUGGCAUGUUUGCAUCAGCAACGUUUUCUCGAUUCGCGGCAAUUACAUGCACAACCGGUAGAUGUGUCGUCGCUGGCGCUAACAAAAG